GUUUCUUGUUCUCCGUCACGACUUAAUCUUGAAAUCCUCGCAUUUGCUGCAUACAUCUAUCUCGACCACUACAAAGGCUGUCACACCCUGAAUAACUAAGGAAGCGCAGCUGCUCAAAAGAUAUACCUGGAAUUGUCGCGACAAAUCCUCUCUACGUUUUAACAAAUCCUUUUUUUUUAAUAUUAUUAUACAAUUUUAACUAGAGAGGAGCACGAAAGAGAAGGGAAAAAGGCGGCGGCGGUGGUGGUGGACGGAAGAUGUCCUCACUGCAGAGGUCAUGGAUACCUUAGCUAUCGUCGCCUUUAUCGUGGGUACUGUGAACCUCCAAGCCCGGUAUUACAACAGCGCGGCUUUUGAUCGUCCACUCCACUUCUCCGUCGUGACCCUGGUCGUUGCUGGCCUCGUGUCUCUUGUCUUCGCCAAGAGCCUGCGUCUCCGGCAUCCCGAGACCCGCCCAAGACGUCAUGUUCUUAACCUUCCCGCCCUCACCACGAACCUGGCAUCGCGCGACAAUCUGAAGAGCUGCCUGCGCUCUAUUUCCCGUCCCAAUAGCUUCGCCUUCCUGGUCGCCCUGAUCGUUGCCCGGACAUUGUUGAAUUGGAGGGCCGUUCGGACAAUUCAAUGCUCGUGGGACGGUCUUUACGCGCUUCUCCCAUUUUUCCUAUCCAUAUGCGAACACCUAACUCCCAUACGACCCGUUGACCUCCCGAGACAUGGUACUGCCUCCGACUCUCACGAUGGCAUACAAUCCCGCGCCCCGGUCGCUCGAUAUGCCGCCCUCGCUCUAUUAUGGGCUUUUGCCGUGACUCACCUGUCUUUCCUGGUCGAGAUCCCAACGGGUGUAAUAUGCCCUCCUGGCUGGACCAUUGAGAGCUUUGCACCUCUCGCACAACUGACUGCUGUGUUCGUCGAUGCCGUAAUCAUAUCCCAGGUUGCCAGACUACGUCAAACCAACCAAGAAGAGGCCGGCGACGCCUGGCAGUCCCUCGGUGCUCUCGCUUGGACGUCGGCUGCUUUUAUCUCUUUUUUCGCUGCGUGGUCAUGUCUCGACCCAGUCAACCAUGCCACAAAUGUGGCCCUCACGCCACUGGAAAUUCGGGAUAUCGUCAUCGAUAGUGCCUUUAUGGCCUUGACGAUGGCAUUUGGAGUUUACCUGCUCGGCAGUUUUCAUGCUCACAUGGUUGCGCUCAUGGCCACUGGCACAACAGUCUUCGUACUUGUCUUGUAUACAGCAUCCGACAGCAACUUGAAUGCUAUAUGGUCUGACUGGUUUAUCACAUCCGUCGUCGUUUUUGUAGGCUUCGGUGCUAUGCUACACUUCCGCAGAGCUAGCAUGUCCCUUCACUGGGAACAUGCAUCCACACUGGGCCGGUAUUGUACCUACGCAUUAGCGGCAUUUCUUCUCGUCCUCUUUUAUGCGUCCUCCCGCAAGCAUGGCAACCCCAUCGUCUCGCCCAAGCACGCCAUGAUAGUCGGACGGACGGAAUCAGAUCACUGGUUCGCCAAUGCUGCGAAGAGCACAUCUUUCGAAUCCGCUACCAAGGAGUAUCGCCACCGGUACGGAAUACCACCGCCCCCUAAUUUCGACAAGUGGUAUGAAUUUGCAGCGACAGUCAAAUCUCCCGUUAUUGAUGCUUUUGAUCAAAUUGAUUCGGAUCUGCUUCCGUUUUGGGCCAUCUCGCCAGCCCUACUACGUCAGAGGGCGACGUAUUUGCUCGAGCACCCCAGCUUGUCCAUGGGCGGUUUGAUCGUCCAGAAUGGCGAGAUAUCGAUUUCGCCUCAUAUUCAUGGCACACAUAGAUGGAUGAUGGACGUAGUUGAAGAGAUGGUCAAACCGUUCAGUAAGUGGCUGCCUGAUAUGCAGCUUGCAUUUAAUCUCGACGAUGAAUGCCGUGUGCCUGUUCCGGCGGUCGAUUACUCGAACUUUAGGGGCGAGGCGCAGAUUUCACGCUCUAGGGCUCAGUCAAAUCGAAAUUUUAUCUCGUUCAGCAAGACUCAGAGCCCCCCAUGGGAUGAAUCUUUCCUUGGCGCAGGCGACUCCAUUUGGCAGCAACAGGCCGAGUCAUUCCACGUCUUGUCGAAGAAACCCAUAUUAUCCGAACUUGUGGCGCCCACCUGUCCUGCCGAUGCGCCUGUAAACCAGGUCCGCUGGUGGAAUCGGAAAAUGCACUGUGAAGAAUGCGCUUCGCCUCACAUGUCACACGGCUUCGUUCGCAAUUGGACACUUGCUGCUGACAUAUGCCACCAGCCUGAUCUUGCCCACUUGCACGGGUUCUUGACCUCGCCUUCAGCCAUGGCCGCCUCUCAAACCCUCUUUCCUGUAUUCAGUCAGGCUAAAGUCCACGGCUUUGCUGAUAUAGUCUACCCAAGCCCGUGGGGCUUUCACGAUAAGGCCCCCUACGAAGAAGAACGGGACAUCCCCUGGGAUCAGAAACUCAAUAGUAUCUUCUGGCGCGGUGCCUCUUCCGAUGGGUUCGCGGUAUAUGGAUCUUGGCAAAUGUUCCUGAGAGCUAGAUUUGUGUGGCUAGCUUCGGCCAUCCGAGACAACAUGGCUGGACAACACAACAAGCAUCGCUUUUUCAGGAGACAGCAAUCAAGUUCCUCGGCUGAUCCGGCCUUGACGACUUCAGGUCCAACUUCACAAACUAGCCAGCAUGGGAACAUGGGAAAUGAGCAGAUCCAAGUCAACGUGUCGUACGUAGGCGAUUUCGGGCGCUGCGAGGGCCGCGACUGCGGCAUCGAACACGCCACCUUCUACGGCUCCUCGUCAGCGAAAUCGCCCCCGGCCGUCGACUUCCAAGAAAACUGGCACCACCGCCACCUCAUCGAUCUAGAUGGAGCCGGGUUCAGCGGGCGGUUCCUACCGUUCCUCCGAUCGGCCUCUCUGCCGUACCGCGCUGCCCUAUUCCGCACGUGGUGGGAAGAACGUAUCCAUCCCUGGAAACACUAUGUCCCGCUCGACCUGAGAUUACGGGAUUUAUGGCCUGCCAUGCAAUAUUUCGGGGCAAGUGAUGAAGGCAAGCGGGAUGCGAGGGAUAUUGCUGAGGCGGGACAGCAGUGGGCGAAAAUAGCGCUACGAAAGGAGGAUAUGCAGGUCUAUAUGUUUAGACUCUUGCUUGAGUGGGGGCGAUUGGUUGAUGAUGAGCGGGAGAGGCUUGGGUUUGUAGUCAGCGAGGGGAAAAAGGGAGUGGGUAAUUGAUGGGAUGGUAUAUUUUCUUUGGUAUGGGCUGGAUCAAUGGAUAGGUGCGGAAAGGAAAGGGUCUGUGAAUGAAAGCAGGGUAAUGGAGUAUGGCGCUGUGGGCUGGCUGGCUGUUCGGGUUUUGAGUUUCUUUAUGUGCGAUAUUUGUGGCUACCAAGGUGCUUACUCACUUACUCCGGUCAGGCAUGGAAUCGAGUGUAUUUGUAUUGUUACCAUGUAUUUUUAUGAUCAAUGGGGAUGAGUCAGAGAGAGAAGCAAGACGCUGAGGAAGCAAGAGGCUUAGAUAAGCUUAUUUGACGACGAAAUUCAUGAUGAUCAUAUGAAUGGUUUAAAGGGUUAAAGUUGAUAUGUUUUUGUUGAGAUAGGUAUCUCCUGUGAUAUUAUCCUGUGACUCUCAUCAUUCAUUCAUUAUCAUUCAUCAAAUUACAUUACAUUGCCUAGGUAGGUAUGUAUGAUUUGUAGGGGGAGCAAGAUAGAUAAGUAGGUAGGUAGG